GGUUUUGAACCUCGGGGAACUGAACUAGCUGAUCGUCUGCUGACAUUUGAGAAUCUUCUGAAGAAUAGUGAAGGUCAUGCAAACCUUCUGCCUCACUGUCCCAAGCAAGAUUGUGAGAGCUCAGUUCAGCUUAAAGCAAAUGCUCGCAGCACAAGCUCUCAUUCAGCAGAUUAUGAUGUCAAAGGCAGACUCACGCCAUCAAGAUCUCAGCAGUCGACCAUUCCAAACCAUAGAACAAAACGCAGGGAAGAAAAUGAAACCAAAAGAAAUAUAUUUUGUGGUGUUCCAGGUCAGUUUUAAAACUACUUGAUAGUACCAUAUUUAACAUUACAGUUUUAAACAUGCUUGAUACACAUACAUACCCCAACUGUAUAAGACCUGGAAUUUUUCACCCUAGCUUCAAGCCAUUAUUCGAUUUCUAAUUUUUUAACCAUAGUACCAUAAAAAAUUCCUUAAAAGUGUCUUAGGAGCUUGUACAAAAAAUUUAAUUUAUAUUAUUACUUAGUAUUUUAGACAAACCCAUGAAGCUCAGUUGAAAAUUUGUUGCGUCAUUUCCUUCACAGAUAAGAGCUACUCAAGGGUCAUUGUAACCUCUGCUCAUGACCGGAGUUUGUUCAAUUUGGAAGAUCUGAUUGCCAUGUGUCAACUUGAAGACAGUUACUUUGGUGAGUCCAUCACUUACCCCGAUCUUUGCGUCAAGAAAGAAACUGACGGGUCAUGCUGCACGGCAUGGUCGAUUGGAAGCUACAUCUCAAUUCUAAGGAAUAAAUCAUCAUGCGCUAACAUUACUGCUGAUGAUGUUGCCGCGGUUCAUCAGCUUCUGGCCAUCUGUGCCCCAUUUUUUCGUAACCACACCCUGAAGCACAACUGCGAUAGUGAAGAUGAAGAAUGGUACUUCAACCAGAACUACCCUCCCUCUAUCUGUCACAAUGUGCCUGAGCCAUGUCAAAAAUACAACGCUGUUUAUCACAUUUUUCACUAUCUCUCAGAUUCUAGUUUUAUAUUUUCUGGCAAGUCUCUAAAACAGCCCAUCUCACCGGGGAGCUCAGAAAUGUUUUUGAAAUAUUCUGCUAUAUUUUUUCCAUUGCCCUGUGGCCCUAAAGCAGUGGAUGUUUUCCAAAAUAUUGACAAAAUGCCAAGAAGCUUUAGAAGCAUAAGUGUCGUUGGAGCAAAUUUUGAUGUCAAAUACGCCCUGUUUGAAAAGUAUUUGAUAUCAGACUCAGCGUGGCUUGGUGCUGCCUGUGCAGUAAUAUUUGUUGCGAUGUGGAUCUACACAACGUCUAUAUUCAUAACAGUCAUGGCCUUUCUCUCCAUGUUCUGGGCAGUGGAGGUGGCUUAUGUUCUGUACACGUUCGUCUUCAAGAUCAAGUUCUUCCCUUACAUGAACAUGGUGACCUUGAUAGUUAUGGUUGGCAUCGGCGCCGACGAUUUGUUCAUCUACUGCAAAGUCUGGCGCCUGGCCAAGUCGGAAAAAAACAAUGGCAUUUUGGAGAAAAUUGUCGGGGACACGCUUCGCCACACAACUCUGUCCAUGCUGGUCACGAGCCUUACUACAGCAGCCGCGUUUUAUGCUAACUACAUCAGUGACAUCACUGCCAUUCGUUGUUUUAGUGUUUUUGCAGGCACCUGCAUUGUGAUUAAUUUUAUCUUAACUGUGACCUGGUUGCCAGCAUCGAUCAUACUCCAUGAAAAGUGGCUUCACUGCUGUGUUGGCCUGAGUGAUAAGAAAUCUAGUAUUUUCUACUGUUUUUGUAAGGUACCCUACAGGGUGUACUACCUCAUCUGUGAUUGGUCAAGGAUAUUCUUUGAAAAACUGCUCCCGUGCCUUGUUAUAAAAUUUCGUUAUGUUUGGUUGAUAACAUUUGGAGUGCUGUGGAUAGGUAGCAUUGUUGUUAUUUUUUUUUACCCGCGACUGAGACUUCCGAAUUCUCGUAAAUUUCAGGUCUUUGCCUCUGAUCAUUUGUUGGAACGUUAUGAUUUUGAGCUCAGUGAUUUGUUUGAGUUUGAACUUGUGAAAGAUCACGAUGAUAGGGCGGAGUUUCCUAUAACCAUAGUUUGGGGGGUGCUGACUAAAGACAAUGGGGAUCCUUUAGACCCAAAUAAUAAAGGAACAUUAACCCUGGAUCCAGAAUUUGAUUUGACAUCACCAGGUGCCCAGCGUUGGAUCUUAGAGUUUUGUUCACGGCUGCGUCGCACAGAGUUCUUCCUUCAGUCUCCUGGCCUUUCACUGACUGACUGCUUCUUGGAGAACUUUGUCCGCAGAUACAUGAAGCAGCCCUGUGAUAAACUCAACACAGAAUGCUGUAACCAGACGGCGUUUCCUUUUCACAAGUCAAAAAUGUUGUCAUGUUUGUCCACUUACAUUCCUUAUCUGAACAAAACACCAACGGUCAGUUACAGCUACAAGUCCCCGGGACCAAGGUUUAACAAUGGAGAGAUAAGUGCUUUUUUCGUUCAAUUCAGGAGUAACCUCACACACAGCUUAUCAUACGAGGAGGUCCAUUCUUUUUACUUGAGGGUCAAUCAGUGGGUGACAGAAGAGUUACUAGGGGCUCCACCUGAGAUGAGGCGUGGCUGGUUUGUUAGUGAUUUCCACUUCUAUGAUCUGCAGUCGUCUCUUGCUAUGGGGACUCCGCUGGCCUUGGGAGUCUCUCUAUCGGUUGUGGCAGUAGUUUCCUUUUUUACUACUUUGAAUGUACUUGUUAGCAUUUUUGCUCUGUUGGCAGUGGGUGCCGCCAUCUCUGUAACACUUGCUGCUUUGGUGCUUAUGAACUGGGAGCUGGAUGUAUUGGAAUCAGUUGUCAUCACUAUUGCCAUAGGCUUGGCUGUUGAUCUAACACUUCACUACGGGGUUGCAUUUAGGCUUACCACAGAAUAUGGCAGAGAAAUGAGAGUCAUCACUUCACUGGGUCGCAUGGGCAGCCCGGUUGCCAUGGCAACGUUCACCACAAUGAUGGCUGGUGCUCUCAUCAUGCCAUCCACGGUUUUAGCCUACAAAAAGUUUGGAACGUUUUUACUGUUGCUGGCAAGUGUGGCCUGGUUAUAUGCUACAUUCUUUUUCCAGGCAUUGCUUAGAGUAAUGGGGCCUCAUGGUGGAUGUGGUCAGUUUCACUGGCCCGCAAGUGACUGUUGCACU